AGGGCGGGGUUGUUACACACACCACUACACACACACAUAUACCUACUAUCUCACACAGCCUGCAAUCAUGAAAGUGCUGACUGCUCUGAUCUGUGUCUCUCUCCUCCUGUGCCUCUCUGCUGUCAUAUCAGCGGAUGAACGAUCACAGCCCAGAGAGGCCGAGUGUGAAAAGUAUCUGACUUCAUCAUGCACCCGUGAAUUCGACCCGGUGUGCGGUGACGACGGAGAAACCUACUCAACCGAGUGUGUUCUCUGUGUGGAAAAUAAAAAACGAAACCAGCAUGUGAAGGUGAUGCACAAGGGAAUGUGUGAAAAUUCUUAAAUCUGCCACAAAGAAGAAAACCAGAUCUCAUCACUGUUUAUUAAUCAUAACAGCUCAACAUUCCAAACAAGAAAAAAAAACAUGAAUUUCAUGUGACUAAACUGUCAAUUCUGUUCAUGAACGAUUAAACGAUAGAAGCAUGA